CAAAGUCAGUCUGCAGAAACUCCACCCAAUGCGCGAAAGCACGUCCGACAAGAGGGUGGCAGAAACGGUGGUGGCCGACCAGGAGGUGGAAAAUGGUUCGCCGGCAGCCUACCGUCCCACGCGUUGGCAGAGCAAUUUGACCAUCCUGAGCUGCUAUAUCGCCAAUUUCAGUGAUGGCUUUCAAAACCAAUUGGCCAACCCCACCAAUGUCAUCUUCAAGAAGCUGCUGGGCAAAUCCGGCUACCCAUCGGAGAUGCAGACGCGCAUCAGCAAUUCCCUGCUCAUCGGUGCUAUCCUGGGAGUUGUUGUGCUGGGAUACGUCUCCGAUAUGGCCUCCCGACGCGCGGGUCUCCUCUUCACCUCGGGCCUGGUCACCAUCUCCACGCUGAUGGCCACCCUGGCCCUGCAGGUGCACCCUUCUCACAACAUGCUCUGGUACUUUGUCAUCGUCCGUGGCAUCUGUGGGUUUGGCGUGGGCGGGGAAUACCCUCCCAGUGCUGCGGCCGGUCUGGAAGAAUCUGACGAUUUCAAGCGCCGCUACCGAGGCCCCGUCUUCGUCUCCUUCACCACGCUGAUGGCCACCACCGCCUCUCCCAUUUUGAUGAUCAUCUACCUGAUCUGCCUCAAGGCCACCAACAACAACCUGCCCGUCACCUUUCACGCCAUCUACAGCAUUGCCACCAUCUUGCCCGCCAUCAUCAUGGUCUUGCGGUUUUUCAUGACCGAUUCGACCUUGUACCACCAUUCCAACUUCAAGCGCCAGCGGAAGCCCGCCCGAUUCUACUGGGUACUGGUGCGCCGCUACUGGAAGCGCCUCUUCACCACCUCGCUGGCCUUCUUCCUCUACGACUUUAUCAACUUCCCCAACAGCAUCAUGUCGAGCACCAUCAUCUCCUCGCUCGUCAAGGAUGGCAACAUCCAGACCACUGCCAUCUGGCAAGUCAUCCUGGCUGCACUGCCCGUCCCCGGCGUCAUCGUCGGCGCCUGGCUGACCAAUUCGAUCGGUCGCCGGUACACCGGAAUGGCCGGAUUCGCGGGCUACGUGGUCCUGGGCUUCAUCAUCGGUGGCACCUACGCCAAGCUCUCUCAGCACAUCGCGGCCUUUGUGGUGCUCUACGGACUGCUACAGGCCUUUGGACACAUGGGGCCGGGCGCCACGAUCGGCCUCAUCUCCACCGAAUCCUUCCCCACCGCCAUGCGCGGCAUGGGAUACAGUGUGGCCACGGCUUUCGGUCGCACGGGAGCGGCGGUGGGCACGCAGUGUUUUACACCCUUGCAGGAUGCCGCGGGAGAUAGCGCCACAUUUUACCUUCUCGGUGGCGUGGCGAUUCUGGGCAUGAUUGUGUACUGGUUCCUGCCGGAAAGCGGGAAAUUGGAUCUGGAGAAGGAGGAUCGCGAGCUGGAAGAGUAUCUGGCUGGGCAUGGGUUCGUGAUGGAGAAG